AUGAAUGGAAGGGGCAAGACACUCCUCGUAAUUCAAGACGAUGCCGACCUACUUGGGGGAGGCCUUCGGGACCUCGGCCUGGUGGUCGGGGAAGCCGAAGACACCACUCUGGCAGAUAUCUACGACAGUGACGAGUUUAGGGGUAAAGUCGAAGUUUCGUACGAAUAUGACCACGGCGACGGCUGGGAUCAUGAGAUUGCGUUUCUUGGGCGCGCUGACCCCAUUCUGAGGAAAUCAAUGAUGAUACCCGAGGACAUAGAAGUAGGCCACCCCUGUGCGGAAGACUGUGGCGGCGAACCCGGUUGGGAGGAUUUAAAGGCUGCGUUCAAGAAGAGAAACGAUCCAGAAGGGAAAAGGGAAUGGUACAAAACAAUUUGCGCAAAUGGCGACCCGAAGGGCCUUGACCCUUUCAAGUGGGACAUCUUAGAUGUCAACGACCAACUCUGCGAGAUUAAACAGUAA